UACUGUUACACAAACCAGAAGCAAAUACUUUGACACAAUCCUGCAAUUUCCAGCUGAAGUCAGAGUGCAUGACAUGUUCCUUGGGGAUAAGGGGGAUUUUUAGUUCCCCUGCUCUAAAAUGUUUAUGUGUAUCUACUGAGCUGCCAUAAUAAUGCAGGUUCAUUGUAAUGACAUCAGAACAUAAGAAACUGACUUCCUUUCUGUCCUCUCACUGCUCUCCCCAGCCUCUGAGGAAGCCGGCCCAGUCCCAUGGCUCUGGAGGAGCUGGGCAUCAGCCUGUCCAUGAUGGGUGUUGCUGGAAUCAUCCUGAUCUGUGCUCUGCCCAUGUGGAAGGUGACAGCCUUCAUUGGCACACACCUGGUGGUCAUGCAGGUGUUUUGGGAGGGCCUGUGGAUGACCUGUGUCAACGAGUACACAGGCCAAAUGCAGUGCAAGAUCUACGACGCCCUGCUGGACCUGUCGCCGGACCUGCAGGCCGCCCGCGGCCUCAUCUGCAUCAGCUUGGUUCUGGGCUGCUUUGGGUUUCUCGUCUUCCUGCUCGGGGCACGCUGCACCAACUGCCUGAACCAUCCGCGGGUCAAGGCCCGGGUGGUGCUGGGCUCGGGGGUCAUCUUUGGCACGGCGGGCCUCACCACUGUGGUCGCUGUUUCCUGGACGGCCAAUUCCAUCAUCAGUGACUUCCACAACCCGAGGGUCCCUGAGGUGCUGAAGAAAGAGCUGGGCGCAGCCAUCUACAUAGGCUUCGUUACCUCCGGGCUGCUGUUCUGUGGCGGGGCGGUGCUGUGCACAAGCUGCCCGCCACAGAGGGCACGGUACCCCUCCAGUGGAUACACACAGGCCAGGACACCCACACACAGCAGCUAUGCCAUCAAAAACUAUGUGUGACGGGAGCAGAGUGAGAGAAGAGGUUUGAAGACACAUCAGGCCCGGGGUUUGAAUACUGAGAAGAAUGUCAGAGUUCACGUUACCACAUCAAGAUGAAAGGAACUGUCUCAUACAAUACAAAUAAUAUGGAAGUUAUAUUUACUCAGUGCUGCUGUAAUUUACAAUGAUCUCAAUGUCUGAAACGGCAAUCUGUCAGAAAUUAAUUAUCAAGUGAAACUCCCUGCCAUUGUGAAGAAAUAAUGUUUCCAUCUUGCUUGUCACACAUAAGCCAAGUAUGAUUGUAAAAAAUAGAUAUGCUGUGCUUAAAUGUGGAUAUUUUUCCCUGUAGUAGAAAAUGAAACGUAUUGUGUGCUAGUAACCAUGUAAAAAAAAACAGCAUAUGACCUAUUUAGGAUACUUCUGCAUGUCUGAGUGCUUGUGUGAUGUGAUUUGCCUCAAGGUAUUAAAAAAAAAUAAAGA